AUGAACUGUAGGCAGGUGCUUCGGAUUCUGCUGCAGCGACGAGGUCUCUGUGGCACGCACCGGCCACACUCACCGUACACCGGUUAUGCACCACACCGGCCACCAAGGAAGGGAACGGAAACGUACAUGAAGUGGCAUGAAGCCCUGUUGAAACGGACGGCGUCGCGGGAGUCGGCGUUCACGCAGUCCGCUUCAAAUCGCCCGGCGCAAAGUACGACCACAGCUCAUAGGCCUGUUGGUACGGACAUUGUUCGAGGCUUUUCAACGCUAGUGCUUCGUAGUCCAAAGUUGAGUAGUUUCUCGUCAGCAGUCGGAUCUGGAAUAAGAUCGUAG